AUGGCGGGCAAUGACUCCCCCAAUCCACAGUUUCUUGCGCCUCCUGCCGUGACAGCGUUGCGACAGGAGGCUCGGAAUAUCGAUCCGAAGUUGGUCCGGUCGUUGAGUGAUAACAUGCGAGAAGAACGGGAGGAUCUGAAGGAAGCGGCCGAACAGACAUUGAACAUCAUUGUUGAUAUGGACCUCGAAGGUCGUAUCAAAUGGGUCAGUCCCUCGUGGACGCAGGUGAUCGGCUCCUCCCCUGAGUCUGUCGAGGGUCGUAUGAUCUCGGAUAUUCUAUUAGGAAACAAAGAUGUAUUCCGCGACGCAAUCGAAUCGAUGAAGCAGGACGAUUCGAGGAGUCGUUUCGUGCGUUUCGCUGUGAAGAUGGGACCGGAUUCUGUCUUGAAGUACUCGCCUGAACCACCCCCGACGAUCACCGGUAACGCAACCGCUGAGCAAAGCGCAGAACAGGGCGUUGAGGAUGCACAGGAGGAAGAGUAUGGUCACAAUAUGCUCAACAUGGAGGGACAGGGAAUCAUGGUUUACGAUCGGACGGAGGAUGAACCUGGACAUACCAUGUGGAUGUUACGACCGCUUACCGAGCCGAGAGAAGUGACAAUCGAUUUGCCGCCCCUACUAGUGGAGUCUUUAGGCGUUGGAGCAGAGGUGCUGGCGAAUUACUUGACCGAACUAGCCGAAGCUGCAGCGACCGAACCCGAUCCCUCCAAACACCCCGCCCCAACUCCUGUUCUCUGUCGCAUCUGUGAGCGUCAGAUAACGCCGUGGUGGUUCGAAAAACACUCGGACCUGUGUUUGCAGGAACAUCGGGCUGAGAUGGACGUUCAGCUGGCACAGGAAAACCUCAAUGAGCAUCGCCACGUCAUUGUCAAGGUUUUGGAUGCUCUAGAGGCCCGACAAGGCAGGCCUCUCAUCGACAGCGACGGAAACCCAUCGCCUCUUCCUCUGGCGGAGUAUAAGGGUCUAGCCAUUGGCCCCAGCUCUACUCCGUCAUCUGGCCCUGUGUCAAACAGCAACUCAGCGCCCGGCACGCCUCCCCGGUCUCGAGAUCAUUCCGUCUCUGGUACCGGGCCGAACCGACCCCGCUCAUUCACGGUGCGGAGACCACUGGCUCGCAUCGUGGAACUGAUUCUCGACUUGUGCGAUACUUCAUUGGAGAUCAGUAUGCCGAUGAUCAAGGAAUCUUCCCGCACAGAUACGGAGGACUUCCGGACUUUGUCACCACAAUCUGAAUCACGAAUCUCGCAGGUUUUACAAUGGCAGUCCCCUAGCGCCAAUACCUUGGAACAAGAACAGGGGUUAGCUGCCCUGUCGGCAGAUACAGAGCAGGUUGCCAAGGCAAAAGCUGACGCAGUUGUACGCCAUCGCAAGAUUGUUGAAUACGGCGAACGCAUUCGCAUUGAAUAUACGGUGCUGGUCGAGGAAUGCAUUGAAGCCGCGCUCAGUAAAGCAGAGCGUAUAGCUGCUGGCCAGCUGAGCGAUUCCUCCUGCUCAUCCGACGAAGAAAUAGCACCAGAAAGCACCGUUGAUAGUCACAUUGCCCAGGACGACACCCUGACUCCCGACGAUGAGUCCCUCUCCCAAGUUACGAGCCAUGAAUCCCAACAAAAGCCAUAUCCAGCAGCACCGUCCCCGCGGCGGCCGACGUCUGCCUUGACAUUGUCAAUGCGCAAUUCGCCGGAUCGCUCUCUGCUCUCACAAUCAGAAGGCAGGCCAUCCUCCGCGGCUGUCUCCACGGGAUCCAACAGUCCCAUGGAAUGCCCCACCCCGCGCUCCCACAAGAGUGCUGCGGGAGUUUUGGGUAUCUCACAACAUUCUCGACUGGGUCUCUCGCUGGCGGAGAUUGAUGCCGGGGAAAGUAGCGAUAGCAGUCUGCCGUCGUCUGUCUUUCCUGGGGGCGUCAGAACGGAUUCACCGUCUUCUGAAAGAAGUUUCGAGCGGAAGCGGCGGAGCCUAGUACUGCCUGCGCUUUCAAGUUCUUCUCCUCGUCGGCAACCUUCUCCCGCUCGACUUUCUGGUCCACAUUCCCCAUUGCGCAUGCCGAAGCCUCGCAUGUCUAGCGGCGGGGAAAGUGUACCGUCCCCGAUAGUGUCUCCAUCCACCUACGCAAGUGAACUAUCCCACCAUCACUGUCGUCACCAUCGAAGGCAGUCAUCAGCGACUUCUUCCGACGUCACAAAGCCGCCCCCUUCCCCACGUUUACCUUCGGUAAGCCAGCAACAGCCUCGGCCUGCUCCAUUGUCUAUCAGAGAUUUUGAGAUCAUCAAGCCAAUCAGUAAAGGUGCCUUUGGUAGCGUCUACUUGGUGAAAAAGAGAGCCACUGGCGAAUAUUACGCAAUGAAAGUUCUGAAGAAAGCGGAUAUGAUUGCCAAGAAUCAGGUCACCAACGUGAAGGCAGAACGUGCUAUCAUGAUGUGGCAAGGAGAAAGUGACUUCGUUGCCAAGCUCUAUUGGACAUUUUCCAGCAAGGACUAUCUCUAUCUGGUGAUGGAAUAUCUCAACGGAGGCGACUGUUCGUCACUCGUAAAGAUUCUUGGGGGGCUUCCCGAGGAUUGGGCGAAAAAGUACACUGGCGAGGUCGUGCUUGGAGUCCAACACCUUCACAACAGAGGCAUUGUACAUCGUGACCUAAAACCAGACAAUCUUCUGAUCGAUCAAACCGGUCAUUUGAAGCUGACUGACUUUGGCCUUUCACGCAUGGGCUUGGUGGGCCGUCAGAAACGGGUGCUGAAGAGCCCUGACGAGUCUGCCCCUGAUCUGCUAAAACAAGGUUCUUUUCCCCGUGCAAUCUCGAUUACAUCGUCUCGAUCGGCUUCCUUUGACUUCCAAGCCAGCGCAUCACCUGGCUCCACUCCACUGAUUACCCCGGAAGCUGCCGCCAAUGCCGUGCAGCCAUCCUACUUCAACCUCAACCAGGCUGGUUUCAGUCGGCAAAGCUCUCGUCGAGCUUCGGGUUACCGCAGCGACAGCUUGGGCAGUGAUGGUCUCAAUGGAAUAUUCAGGGCGUUCUCGCUGAACGAUAAUGCUCACGAGCCCCCUACGCCUUCGCCUAGUCUGUUCUCGACUAGCAUGGUUGAAGAGGAGGGCCAAAGCGAGGCCGGUGAUUCCCCUCGCCUUCAGCCCCUGCAGCCAACGUUCAGCAAUCCAUUAGCGCAGAAUACUCCCCCGCAACAGAGCAUGAUGCCUCCUGUAAUGGCUCUGUUUGACCCUGAAGACCAUGAUCGCCGUUUUGUGGGAACUCCCGACUACUUGGCCCCGGAAACUAUCAAUGGCGUUGGUCAAGAUGAGAUGAGUGAUUGGUGGUCUUUGGGAUGUAUCAUGUUCGAGUUCAUCUUUGGAUACCCACCUUUCAAUGCAGAGACGCCCGAUCAGGUCUUUGAGAAUAUUCUUCAUCGCCGGAUCAAUUGGCCCGACGACCCAGAGGAGUAUACCUCCGCCGAGUCAUUGGAUCUCAUGAAUAGGCUCAUGACGCUUGACCCUCGUGACCGAAUAGGCUCUAAUGUGGAAGAGAAGUUCUUAAAUGGUGGUGAUGAGAUUCGCAGCCAUCCGUGGUUCGCCGAGAUCAACUGGGAUACCCUACUGGAGGACAAAGCACAGUUCGUUCCCAACAUCGAAAAUCCAGAAGACACGGAGUAUUUCGAUGCCCGUGGUGCUACGUUGCAGUCUUUUGCAGAGGAACUGGAAGAUGAAAACUCGCCGCAGCCGCCAGCUCCCACUGGACAAGACCGGCCUCACGAUGCAUUGUUCAAGGUGCGAUCCCAAGGCAAUUCUACGAAGCGACCCUUCAUGCCGCUACACAUCCCUCCACACGUUCGCGAUGCUCGGGAUUCCCGAAGCCGGAGAUUGAGCGAACCGGCCUUGGCCGAUGACUUCGGCAGCUUCAACUUCAAAAAUCUGCCAAUGCUGGAGAAGGCCAACAAAGAUGUGAUUCAGAAAAUGCGGCAGGAGGCUCUGCAGGCGCAGCAUCGACAGCCCGGCUCAUUCUCGGCCGUCCAAACACCGGUCACAUCGUCCCAGCCCUCAUUAGAAGGUAGCCCGUUGCCCAUGUCACUCCAGCGAACUUUGUCGCAGACCAAGGGUAAUAAUCGACCUUCUUCCCCGUCAGGACUCAGCCAGACAAACUCGUCCCCCAGCAGACCCUCGCAGCCAUCAUCUCCGCUUCUAGUCCAGUUUAGUACGGGGACCAGCCAAGAACGGCGCAAAACGUCAGGUUCCUCAUCAGCCUCUCAUCAAUCAGGCGGAGCCUUCCAGCCUUCCUCUGCUGACCAAGGGCGCAUGCCGAACCUCCGACUAGGUUCACUUGCUUCUUCUCCCGUCAAGGCUAACCGCAUACCAGCCCAUUCACCGGAGAAGACGCCGAGCAGCCAACGCCACGGCAGUGUUCCAGCCAGUCGUACUCGAUCGCACACGAUUGGCUCUCAGGACGGGGAUAUUCCCUCGUCCCCCAAGGAAGCAUUCGUGCCCCAUCACUACAAACGCCGGAGCCAACUAUUUGACAUCUCACCUUCGUCUUCUGACAACGAGGAUCCCCGCACGAAAGCACUUCUGAAGGUCCAACGGCGCCGGCAAAGCUCCCGGCGGUUAUCCCAAAUCAACAUUUUGGAAGGGCCAUUCUUCCGCCCAUUGGAUGUGCUUAUUUGUGAAGACCAUCCUGUCUCCCGACUAGUCAUGGAACGCCUGUUUGAAAAACUCCGCUGCCGGACUAUCACUGUUACCAAUGGCGCGGAGGCUGUCAGAUACGCCCUCAGCGAGGUGCAAUUCGAUAUCAUCAUGACCGAGUAUCGACUUCCCCAAGUCAACGGAGUUGAUUUUGCUCGUAUGGUGAGGGAGACUCGCACUGCGAACAGACAUACUCCCAUCAUUGCUGUCACGGGCUAUUUGAAGGACCUCCCAGAGAAUCACAACUUCGAUGCCUUGAUCCAAAAGCCUCCGACUUUACCCAAGCUCACCGAGGCGCUGGCUAAAUGGUGCCUGUGGAAGCCGCUUUCAACGGAGCACAGUCCUUCCCCACCAGUUCCUGUUCCGGGCUCUGAUACUCGGUCCCGUACCGCGACGAACGAGGACAGUCCUAGUUCCGUGUCUUCUGGAUUUGUGCUCAAUCCCCCCAGCUCUUACCGUGGUUCUAGCCGGGAGGAUUCGCUUAGUAGUAGCGUGUUUGGUGAGAUGGACUCUUUCAAAUCCGAUGACGUCCCCGUUAUCAUCAAGCGCAACUCGGAUGAUUGGGAUCAACGGCACGGUGGAUUGGGAAUCUCAGAGGAACCGGCGCAACAUUCUGGGAGUUCAGGUCCCAACGUCGUACCCGUUCCUCACCUUCUUCAUGCUGCCACCGCACCCGCAGCUAUGGACGCCAGCGGUGGUUUGACGCCCCGGAAGCAGCGGUCCAGUGAAGCGAUUCGUGCCAAGAAGGAAUCACUUGAGAAAAAGCUGUACGAGGGUGCCGAAUCUGGCGACGAUGAGGAUGAAGAGCUCGGCAAUUCCGUGUCACGUCGCAGUCCCCCCUCUCGGAACCGGCGACCUGGCUCUAAACUGGGCAUUGAAAUGAUGCGGACCAACAGUCGAGGUAGCGUCGUCAGCGGUAGCGAGGAAUUGCUGAAGAAAGAGAGGGAGGCCCUUCGUAGCCAAUGUGCAGAGUCCGCCGAUCACGAAGCCAGUGAGGGGUCUUUGGGUUCUCCCGCCAGUACGAGCCACGAGGACCGUUUCGAGGCUCUCAGCAUCCCGGAGGAAUCAGAGGGGGAAGAACCCGUCAGUCCUCGUGACACUCCCUCGGGAUGUGGAACAUCAGCAUUUCAGCAGCACCGGCCAUCGCUGGCGCAUCAUGAUACCUCGAUCUACUCUGGGCGAACGCAAGACCGCGGGGAAAAGACCAAGCCGGGCACAUCGAAUGAAGGUCAAAGGACACCCCCCUGGGACUUGCCUCCAGGUAUCAUCCCCCAUCCCACCGUUUCGCCUCUCACUCCGGAAGUCAAGCCGUCUGGGAACGUGACGACACCCGAACCCGGUUCGGAGGUAGACCCGGACGGUAGCCCUACGCUCGACGCUGAAGCUACGCCGCGGCCUCUUCAUCCUUCGCCCAGUCUUGAUCCGGAGGAGACCCCUCGUGCCCCGGAGCGAUAUCGGUCGGACUUGAGCUUCCGGUUCAAACGAUAG